CCGCGGGGAGCGGCGGCCGGAGCGCGGGCAGGGGCCGGCGGCAGCAUGGGGUCGCGGAGGGCGCCCGGCGCGGGCGGGCGGGCCGGGGCGGGGGGCGACGGCGAGGACGACGGGCCAGUGUGGACCCCCAGCCCGGCCAGCCGCAGCUACCUGCUCAGCCUGCGGCCCGCCAUCAGCUUAUCAAGCAACCGGUUGCCUCACCCCAGCUCUGGAAGGAGCACCUUCUGCUCCAUCAUUGCUCAGCUAACAGAGGAGACCCAGCCGCUAUUUGAGACAACGCUCAAGUCCCGGGCUGUGUCCGAGGACAGCGACGUCAGGUUCACCUGCAUCGUCACAGGAUACCCGGAGCCAGAGGUGACCUGGUACAAGGAUGACACAGAGCUGGACCGUUACUGUGGCUUGCCAAAAUACGAGAUCACUCAUCAGGGCAACCGCCACACACUGCAGCUCUACAGGUGUCAAGAAGAAGAUGCCGCCAUUUACCAGGCCUCUGCCCGGAACCCCAAGGGCAUUGUGUCCUGCUCUGGGGUCCUGGAGGUGGGCACCAUGACUGAGUACAAGAUCCACCAGCGCUGGUUCGCCAAGCUGAAGCGCAAGGCUGCAGCGAAGAUGCGCGAGAUAGAGCAGAGCUGGAAGCACGGGAAGGAGGCCGUGGGAGAGGCCGACACCCUGCGCAAGCUCAGCCCCGACCGCUUCCAGCGAAAGCGGCGGCUGAAUGGGGCUGAGGUGCCAGUCCCCCCAGCCCCUACCAGGGAGGCUGAGGACGGGACCCUGGAGGCUUGGCAGGAAGGAGAGACUGAGCCUGGUCAGCACCCAGCUUUGGGCCUGAUCAACAGUUUUGCUCCUGGAGAAGUGACCACCAAUGGGGAGGCUGUCCCAGAGAAUGGGGAAGACGGGGAGCACGGCCUGUUGACGUACAUCUGUGAGGCCAUGGAGCUGGGGCCUCAGAGAGCCCCCAAAAAGGAGUCUGGGGCCAAGAAGAAAAAGAAAGAUGAGGACCCUAAGCAAGGGCCACGGAAGCCAGAGUUAGAAAAGGCAGCUCGAAGCCACCGUUCUUCUGAAAACUAUGUCCCCAGUUCAGACAAGCCUGAUUCCUGUGGGACACAGGGGCCCAUGGACACAGAGCAGGUUCAGACUCAGCCCAAAGGCAAGGCCGCACGGGGGCCUAGGUCCUCUGGAGUAGGUAGCAUCAGGAAGCCAGCCUCUGCUGUGGCCACUCAAGACCAGGCCCAGAAUGCCCCGGCCCCUGUCCCAGGCCCAGACCGCGAAAUGUAUUUCUCCCUGAAAGAUUUGUAUCUGGAGAGUGCCCGGGCCAUCAGACCCCAGGGCGGGGAGGAGCCCCAGACCCCAAGCAAUAGGGCCCCUGGGGAGAUGCCCUCAAGGAAGGUACCCAGCGAGGCUGGAGGUGAGAAGGGUCCUGCUACCCCUGGCCAGCCCAUGCCCUCAGCACCCCAGCCGACUAGGCCUUUCAACAGGAAGAGAUUUGCCCCUCCUAAGCCCAAAGGGGAGCCCACCACCAACAGCAAGCCCGACUCUUCCCAGAGUCAAGCUCCAGAACCUGGGGCACAGAGCUCAGGGAAGGCCCCGCCUCAGGCCUCUGCCGAAGUGCCCACACCCCCUGCCCGGCGGAGACACAGCACCCGGGACAGCCCCCUGCAGGGGCGAGCCAGCCACAGGACUCCAGGAGAGGUCCUGGAGUCCCAGGCAACCAUGGCUCCUACCACGUCAGCCAGCAACAGUGCAGAUACAGUCUCUGCUGGUUGCAGCACCUCCAGAAGUCAGGGCGUCACUGAGCCCAUGGAUACAGAAACCCAGGAGGACAGGAGAAUGUCUGCCGACAGGAAAACUGUAGGCAAGAAGAAUACAGAGGCUGAUGGGAAGAUGCAGGUGGAUGGGAGGACACAGGGAGACGGAACACAAACAACCCAGAGGACACAGGCAGAGAGGAAGACACAGGUGGACGUUGUGACACGAGAACGUGAGAGGCCAGAGUCAGACAGGAGUUCCUGGGUGGAUGUGGUGGCACAGGGAAGGGUGGAGACACAGGUGGAAAGGAUGCAGGCAGAUGAGAGGACAGAGGAAGGUGGCAGGAUACAGGAAGACAAGGGGGCACAGUCAGAGGGGAGCGUACCCACAGGCGUGAAAGGUCGGUCAGAGAAGCAGUCCAGAACCAGCCUCAGGCCCCAAUUCAGAGCCCCUGAGCUCCCUUCAGAGGGUCCUAGGUCUCCUCAGAUUAUUGAAUGUUUUGAGCAGACUCCAGAAGGAGACUUUGUCCCGGAAAAACCUGAUUUCCUGCUCAGAUCUGAGGAAGCAGCAAUAAGAGGCUCUGGGAAUCACGAGGAGACUGUGGUGGGCCCCCUGGCAGGAGGCCUCACACUCCGGGCACAGCUGACUCCUAAGGGUGCUUUGGAGCAGAUGGGAGGAGAGAGAUGUCAAGGGCUGGAGUGGUCAAGUCCAGUCAAGGACGAGCCGGAGAACGGCCUGUUCCAGUGCCCCAAGGAGGAGCAGCUGGGGGAAGUGCUGUCUGUGGAUCUGGGGGGCUGUCCUCCAGCUGGCCUGAGCCCAGAGGUGUCCACUCUGCCCUCUCCUCCUGACACUGGCCUGACCAAAAGCUCAGAGGAGGGGCUGCCCAGCAUCCCGACUUCUCAGCACCUGAGGGCGGCUGCCUUCCUGCCCUCUGGGGACCAGGACUUGCUGAGUUCUGCUCCCCCACUGCACCUGGGGCAGGGGGCCCCCACCCAGAGUCACUCACCAGAAGCCACGGCAGCCAGCAGUGAGGGGGCGUGCGCCAAGGCUCCAGAUGUGGAAGGGAGGACCUCAGGCCCCCGGAGCUGUGACCCUGGCCUCAUAGAUUCCCUGAAGAACUACUUGCUUCUGCUGCUAAAGCUCUCCAGCACACAGACGAGUGGAGGGGGCACAGAGCCCCUUGGGGGAGCUGCCACUGGGGGUCUGGCGCCCUCCUCCACUCUGGUCCCCACGGUGGAAGUGGCCGGUCUGAGUCCCCGGACGUCGAGGCGCAUCCUGGAGCGCGUGGAGAACAACCAUCUGGUGCAGAGUGCGCAGACCCUGCUGCUGAGCCCCUGCACCUCCCGCCGCCUCACCGGCCUCCUAGACCGCGAGGUGCAGGCUGGCCGUCAGGCCCUGGCUGCCGCCCGGGGCCCUGGCCCCAGUCUCCUCACCGUCCCCUCCAUCGUGGUAGGCGAGGAGGAGGGCCCUGGGCUGGCCUCAGAAGGAUCCAGUGAGGGUGAGGGAGAGGCUUCUCUUGAGGGGCCUGGCCUUCUGGGAACCUCCCAAGAGAGCAGCAUGGGUGGUUUGCUGGGGGAGGCGGGGAGGCAGGCAGCCUCCGGGCAGGGCCCUCUUUCAGCAGAGAGCAGAGCCCAGGAAGCCUUCCAGGAGGAGGAGGUCCCCGGGGAGGCUCUGACAAGUCUCCCCGCAGCCACCCCUGAGGAACUGGCUCUGGGGGCCCGGAGGAAGAGAUUUCUCCCUAAGGUCAGAGCAGCAGGAGACGGGGAGGCAGCCAAGCCUGAAGAAAGGGAGAGCCCCACGGUUUCCCCCCGGGGACCCAGGAAGGGCCUUGCACCUGGGUCCCCGGGGACUCCAGGGCGGGAGAAACGCUCCCCGACCCAGGGCAGAAAGGCAGGCCUGCUGGAGGUGCCGCGGGCAGAGGAGGAGCCGGCUGCAGCAGACCUGGGCUCCAGCCCCAAGGCCAGCGGUCCGGAUGCAGAGCCGGCCCUGGAUGAAGGCAAGCAAGAUUCUCCGGCCAAGCAGAGGAAAGCCAAAGAUCUGCUCAAAGCCCCACAGGUGAUCCGGAAGAUUCGGGUGGAGCAGUUUCCUGAUGCCUCGGGCAGCCUGAAGCUCUGGUGCCAGUUUUUCAACAUUCUUAGUGACUCAGUCUUGACAUGGGCCAAGGAUCAGCGCCCAGUGGGCGAGGUGGGCAGGAGUGCAGGGGAUGAGGGGCCGGCGGCCUUGGCCAUCGUGCAGGCAUCCCCCGUAGACUGUGGCAUGUAUCGAUGCACCAUCCACAACGAGCACGGCUCGGCCUCCACGGACUUCUGCCUCAGCCCCGAGGUGCUGUCAGGAUUCAUCUCCAGAGAGGAAGGUGAAGUUGGAGAAGAGAUUGAGAUGACCCCCAUGGUGUUUGCUAAGGGUCUGGCUGACUCUGGCUGCUGGGGGGACAAGCUGUUUGGGCGCCUGGUGAGCGAGGAGCUACAAGGGGGUGGCUAUGGUUUUGGCCUUCGGAAGGCCUCCCAGGCCAAGGUCAUCUACGGGCUGGAACCCAUCUUCGAGUCAGGCCGCACGUGUGUCAUCAAGGUGUCCAGUCUGCUUAUGUUUGGACCCAGCAGUGAGACUUCUCUCUUGGGCAGAAACUAUGACGUCACCAUUCAGGGGUGCAAGAUCCAGAACAUGAGUCGGGAGUACUGCAAAAUCUUUGCGGCUGAAGCCCGGGCUGCACCAGGCUUUGGGGAAGUGCCUGAGAUCAUCCCACUGUAUCUGAUCUAUCGGCCUGCAAACAAUAUCCCGUAUGCCACCCUGGAGGAGGACCUGGGCAAGCCCCUGGAAUCUUACUGUUCCCGGGACUGGGGCUGUGCUGCGGGUCCAGCAGCACCUAGCAGCUCUGAGGCCAUGCAGAAAUGCCAGACCUUCCAGCACUGGCUGUAUCUGUGGACAAACGGCAGCUUCCUUGUCACAGAUUUGGCAGGGGUUGACUGGAAGAUGACUGAUGUGCAGAUAGCUACCAAACUGCGAGGAUACCAAGGCCUCAAGGAGAGCUGCUUCCCUGCCCUGCUGGACCAGUUUGCCUCCUCCCACCAGUGCAACACCUUCUGUGAGAUGCUGGGGCUAAAACCCCUCAAGGGCCCUGAGGCUGCCCAUCCCCAAGCCAAGGCCAAAGGUUCCAAGAGUCCAUCUGCCGGCAGGAAAGGCCCCCAGCUGAGUCCUCAGACCCAGAAGAAAGGCCCCCCCAGUCCCCAGGGCACCCGGAAGAGUGCCCCAAGCUCCAAGGCCACCCCUCAGGCCUCAGAGGCAGUUGCCACCCAAUUAUUGGGACCACCUCUCAUCCAAGAGAGGGGCUCCAAGGCCCAGGGCAUGCGGUAGCCCCCACCGGAGGCUGGGGGCCUCCACCCAGCAGCAGACCAACAAGGAAGCAGUUCGAACCGAUGGAGACUUUCCCAAUACAGAACUAACCGGAGAAGGCGCACUGAAGAGGUACUACUUGGGGGCCUCGCUGAGCAGCCUCUCCUCAGUCAGUCCUCGUCAGAUGGCUUUGGUGUGUGGCAGACAGCCCAGUGGCCUCUCCUGGUGCCAUCAUCACCCAGGGCUCCCAGGCCCCACCUCCAAGUGCCUGGAGGCCUAGGCCCUCCUUGAAGUUUACACUCGCCACUGCUGGAGGCUCCCCUGAGUCCUCUGCAUGAGUUCUGCACCCCAACCCCUUGCCCCAGCCUGACCCUGCCGUGAACGUUGUCCUCGGGGGGCCUGCAGGCCAGCAGUUACCCUCUUCCCUCUGCUUGGCCCUGAUGUCUCCCUGUCCUCAGGGCUCCAGACCUCCUCUGCUGUGUCUGGCCUGCUGACUCUCAGGGUGUCUUCUCUUCCAGCUACUCUGCCUCAUUCAUCCCAGCUUACCCUACCACUAAUCUGCCCCUCAGCCCACAUGGGGCCCGGGGCCCUUCCAGAGCCUGUCCUGUCCUUGUGCAGUGGUCUUUGGUGACGUGUGUUCAUGCUCUUCCUCCCCUCAUCACUCAGGUACUCACUCACCUGCUUCCCAUGCUCCCUUGCACCCCGUCCCCUACCUCCACCCCCCCAUCCCUGGCUUUAGCCCAACCGCAGCCUGCUGCCUGACCUUCACAGACUCUCUGCUUGUCCCCUCGCCCAAGGGCUUCCCUACUGACUCUGCACCCUACCCACCAUACCCAGGUGAGGAGCAGACCCUCUGUCCUCUCUGUCCGCCCUAGUACAUUCUUCCACUACUUCUCCCAGGCCCUCUGCCCAUGAGAUGAGAGCUGGCAUGAGGGUUGUGUCAGCAGAUAUGGUCAGAGGGAAGCUGUUGACUUUGAGGGACCUUGUGCUCCAUACUGGAAGGAGGUAGGGUCACAGUGAAUUUCACAUCCCCCCUUGACCAGGGAUGGAGGACUGUGGCUCUUCUCUAUGGGAGAGUAUGCAUGGGAGUUCUAGGAAGGAUGCCAUCUAUCCACACACUGGGGCGGAGGGGUAUCUGUGCCUGGGAAUUAGGACCCUGCCUUCAACCAUUAGCUCUUGAUCCUGAGGCUCCAGCUCUGGGGCCUCAUAUAUGGGCUCCCAAGGAAUUGCUGUGCUUGGCCUAGCACCCUGGGUCCUUCCUGAGAGCCCCUCCUUGAGGCCUGGGAUGUGUGGGUCUGGAGCUGGCCUGCUCCCCCUUGGAAUGCAAUAAAGGCAGCAACUGUGUA